AUGGGAAGACAAAAAGAAAAGUUUUGGCAACAUGCUGAGCAACUUGAUAGUUCACAUUUCAAAUGCAAAUUUUGUGAAAAACAAGUUUAUGGAGGGGUCACUCGACUCAAGUAUCAUUUAGCUAAGGUUAGUGGUCAUGAUGUUGCCUCUUGUGAGAAAGUAUCAGAUGAUGUCCAAGCAGAAGCUCUUCUUGCUAUUAAUUCUGAAUCAAGUAGCAAAAAGCGGAAGAGUUGUACCAGUGGUGAGAGUAUAGUUGGUUCUUCUCCUUUAGUUAUAACUAGUCAAAGGCAGUCCACAAUGGAGGAAAUGAUCCCUAAGAUGGACAAAUCAACUUGGGAGAAAUCUCUUCGUGAUCUUUUUAUUAAAAAUAACAUUUCUUUCAAUGUUGUUCAAUCGGAUGCUUUCAUCAAUUUUGUGAAGUGCACAGCCCGUUAUGGUCCUAGUGUUCCUAUUCCAAGUUAUGGAACCCUUCGUGGAAGAAUAAUUCCUGAAGCAAGAAAGGAUCUUGAAAAAUAUGCUGAAGAAGUAAAAUUUUCUUGGAAGCAAACUGGUUGUACAUUCAUGUCUGAUUCAUGGACUGACUUGAAGAAGCGGUCUUUUCUUAAUGUGAUUGCUUAUUCCCCAGGUGGUGCUCUCUUUUUGAAGUCAGAGGAGUGUUCUCAUGCUAAAUUGACUGCUUUUUAUAUAUUUGAUAUUCUUGAGAAAGAGAUUGAAAGUCUUGGCCCAAAUUUAGUGGUUCAGCUAAUUUCAGACAAUGCAUCCAAUUAUUCAAGUGCACUUGAUAUGCUUACUAGAAAGUAUCGUUGGUUGUUUAAGACUCGAUGUGCAACCCAUGGUAUCAAUCUAAUGUUGAAGGAUAUCUAUGAAAAGUCAAUUGUUGAAGUGGAAGAGAAGCUUAGACUCCUAGUUGCAUCAGCUGAGUGGAGGAGUCUAAGAAAUUCGAGAUCUUUAGAAGCAGAACGAGUAGUGGACACCAUUCAAAGGGAGUCGUUUUGGAAUGAUUCAAAAGAGAUUUUGAGAUUUAUGGAACCAAUCAUUCGAGUUCUCCGUUUGGUUGAUGGUGAUGGAGCUACAUCAGGGUAUUUGUAUGAAGCAAUGGAAAGAGCAAGAGAGGUAUUGGAGAAGCAUUAUGAGGAAAACCACCGUGAAAGAUUCAAAAAGAUUCCUCAAAUGAAAGAUGCAACAGAUUUCAUUGGUGAAACAGUGGUUCCACAAGAUGAGAGGAGAGAAUAUUAUGGACAGCUGGCAAAGUAUGCCAUUCGAAUAUUGAGCCAACCAUGUAGUUCUUCAGCUUGUGAGAGAAAUUGGAGUGCCUGGGAUGCAGCACAAACCAAAAGGAGGAAUAGAUUGUCAGCAACAAUGUUAGAUGAUUUAGUCUAUGUGAGAAUGAAUUCGUUGAUGAUGGAAAAAAGGGGUGAACUUGAACAGAAAAACAUGUUACCCAUUAAUCUUGACAAUAUUAGUGUCAAUGAUUUUGAUCAGCGCAUUGAGGACGUUGAUAAAGAGUUAGAGAGAUUGUUGGAUGAUGUGGAUGAUAGCAUUGCUGAAGACUUGAUAUUUGGUGCAAGUGCUAGUUUUACUGAGAGCGAGACUCAACCCCCAGAUAGUAUAUAA